GCAAACUCAUCGUAUCUGUAUGAUGAAUUUAUCGAGACGGCCGAUCUUACUCCACAAGAACAACAUCAUGAAAAUUUUAAAACUUUUUUAAAUGAGUUUCAAUUGUUAUCAUCAAAUAUGCAAGAUAGUUUUCAUGAUGAUGUUGUUACACAAUUGUUGGAGUCUCAUGAUCAAUAUCAAAUUGGUUCGGCAUCGGGUAUGCCUGCUGUGGGGAGUAUUGGAAGUUCACAACCUUUGAUUCGUUUCAGUUUUGCACCAAAUGAAAAUCUUAGAUUUGAUGAAUUGUUACAAAUUUCAACAGAAAAUCAAAUACUUCGUAAAGUUCUUUUAGUCUUUGCUCACUUGUGUGAAGAAAUGUCCUUCCUUUCUACAUUUGCCAAACAACACUUCUUCCCUGCACUUUCACUUUUCGGAGUUACUGUUCAAGAUCAAGAUGAAUUAGAUGGUGAAAAACAAUUACAAUUUGGACGUGCCAUUCCACUUCUUAUGGAUUUGUGGAAUUUCUGUGCCAGAUCUAACUAUGUCGUCAAAUCAACAAUACAACAACUGGCAAGCUUAUUUUGUGAUACUAAUGUAAAUGACAAAAACUUGGCCACUUACUUGGGAGGUCCUGGUGGUUCACAAAGUCAAUAUUCACAUUUUGAAAGAGUAUAUGAAACAUUGGGUGAAUUAUUAGGAGUUUUGAUAACUUUGGAUGAAAUUAUUCUUCAAAACAGUGCCUUCUCUCAUCAGCUCACUCUUUACAAGAGAAUGAUCAGUAAGGUUAUGACUGAACCUGAGAGAUACGGUACCACAAAGCAAAAUGUAGGAAAGGUUUAUUAUUUAUUAGAAAAAGUUGAAGGAGAUGUUCUUGAUGAUUCAAUCUUCAAAUCAUGUAUUAACCAAGCUUUUGAAGAUGUUGUAACAUAUACCCAAUUAAAUAAGAUUCUUAAAAUGGAAUUUGAACAUCAUUUGAAAUUACAAUUCGAGGAAAUUUUGAAAACUAGAUUUGAUUUUGUUGGAUUUUGUGGUCUUUACAUUUUAUACUUUAAUUUGUGGAUGGAUAAUCAAACCUUGAAAAAGCUCUUCAAGCAAGUCUGGGAAUUCCACAAAAAAUGUCCAAUUAUUCACUUGUAUGGUAAUACUGCUUGGUCUUCUGCUGAAUUUUUCCUUGCCAAGGUACCAGAUAUGGUCAGACUUUCAGGUGUCAAGAAUCCAAAGAAAGAAAUUGAAGUCGACAGAAGUAAAUAUAUGGACGGUUUAAUUAAGAGCUUGUUCCCUAACAUGGUCAAUCAACUCAAUUUGAAGAUGAACAUUUGGCAAAGUAGAUUUGAGUCCAACUUUGAUGUGUUGGCCUCUGCUGGUAGAGACGUACUUGCUGUUGAAGGCUCACUGUUAUUGCAAGGUUUGGAACUUGCUCAACAAAUCAAUACUCUUGUUAAGAAUGGUAUUUAUUUGCACAUUCUUGCUGCAAAGAGUUUGUCCAUGUCACAAGUUUUACAAUUAUGUAGCAUGGUAGAAAUGGUAAAGAGUAUUCAAAACAGUUUUUACAGAAAAUCUCCUCAACUUGCCAAGCACAUCAGUUACAUUACUGAAUUCUUAACUUUCAAGAUUCAAAGAUUCUUGGUUGUUCUCAGAAAUAGACUUCAAACAAAGAAAAAGCAAAGUAAUGCUGAUGCUGAUCAAUUGAGUGCUGUACUCUUAGCUUUGCACUUGCUUGAUUCUGGACACCCAAGUAAGAAGAGAUUGGUCUUGCUUAGUCUCACAUUAUCUGUAGCUUUCUCACGUGCUUCUGGUUUGUUCAAGGAGUCUGAAUAUGAGGAAGUUAAGGUUUUGAUGAAGAGAUUGGAAGUUUUGGCUCAUUUUGAUGUCUUGUUGGGAGAAUACUGCGACUGUUCUUACUUGUACUGGAAUAGAAAUGUAAUCCCAGCCUUCUUUGAUAAGGUUUAUGAGAAUCCAUCUCGUGCUCCUCAACUUCACCUCAUGAUGUCUGCUCUGCAAGAUCCUCUUUACAAUGUACUCUUGUCAAGUAAGGAUGGUAUUACACCAGUUGCUGUUCACUUGGAAGAUGGCGGCAAGGCACUUGUAGAUGAUUAUGUUGAUGAAAUUAUGAGCUAUUUCAAUGCUCAUAUCGUUGAUCCAUUGUGUCAAGAAAUUGAAACUGAUCUCAGAUUGCACAUCCACAAUACAAAUGUGUUCAAGAAGAAGGCCAUUGCCUCUCAAACAAAGGACUUGUCUCCAUUCUUCAAGACUUUGGGUCCAAUCAGAUUCCAUAACAAGCUCAUUGAAAUUAAGAGACUUGUUGAAAAAUACUUGGACAAGACAUUCUACGAUUUUACUAUUAUUGCUCUCCACGAUUGGAAGACAUAUGAAGAAAUGCGUAAUUUGGCCUUUGAAAAGUACGGACUCAACUUGAUUAAUGUUUAUUUGCCAGGUCAAACUUUGGAACAAGGUCUUGAUGUUCUUGAAAUUACCAGAAAUAUUCAUGUUUUUGUUUCAAAAUUCUCCUACAAUUUGAAUCAGAACAUGUUCAUUGAACAAUGUGCCAAAUCCGAAGCCAAGAGUCUCAAUGUUUUGCACAUUAAACAUAUUGCCAACUCGAUCAGAACUCACGGUACUGGUAUUAUGAAUACUACCAUCAACUUUGUGUAUAGAUUUUUGGGUAAGAAACUCUACAUUUUCUCCCAAUUCUUGUUUGAUGAUCACAUUAAGAGCAGACUCCUCAAGGACAUUAGAUUCUACAAGGAUGAAGCUCUCAAGAGUUUAGACAACAAAUUCCCUCUCAAGAGUGCCAAGAAAUUCAUUAAGGAUAUCAAAAAGUUGGGUCUUUCAUCUCAAAGUGGACUUUCUUAUCUUGAUCAAUUCAGAGUUCUCAUUACUGAAAUUGGUAAUGCUUUGGGUUAUGUAAGAAUGGUUCGUGCUGGUGGUUUGCGUUAUAUUAACGAUGCUAUUCAAUUCGUUCCAAUGAAUUACGAUGCCAACAAUAUGAGUGUAUUGUGUAAGGAUGUCUUCUCACAAGAAACUAUUGAAGCUGCCAAUAAUUUACACAAUGUCGUUUUGAAUAUGGCAAAGAUUUCACAAUCUCAAAGAAGUGACUACUUUAAGACAUUGGAAACUGUAUUCAAGAAUGAAUUGUUGAAGGAACAAAACAACCACUUGAGAAACUUUUAUAUUAUCAUUCCAGCUCUUACUCUGAGCUUUGUUGAAACAAUGCUCAUUUCUAAGGAUAAGAUGUUACGUUCAGGGAAGGAAGCUUCCUUUACCGAUGAUGGUUUUGCUUUAGGUGUUGCUUUUAUUUUGAAGGUUUUGUGUCAAAAUGAAAAAUUCGACAGUUUGCAUUGGUUUGAAAGUGUGGCUAUGACUUUCAAGCAAGAAUAUGAAGAUACUAAACGUGUAAUGGCUGAACUUAGUCAAAAGAAGAAUGAAGGCAAUAAGAAGAAGAUGUCUGAAAAGGAAAGAGAAAAGAUGAUACAAAAUGAUGACGAGCUUCAAACCAUGAACCUUACCCUUAACAGAAUUUUGAGUUAUAAGAGAGAAUUCGAAUUGUUAUUCUUCUCAUUCUCUGGAGCUAGAGUAUUCUUUAGAGAUUAAAUU